CGCUAUUUCGAUGAUAAUCGACGAGCCGAUGCUCUUCUUCACUUUCUGUGCGCAUGUUGCUCUGUGUAUGGAACUCAGAAUCUUCGACAAGUUGAUUAUCAGUUUUAUUUAGGAGUUAAUUGAAGUCAAUGUCUUGAAAAUCACAGUUACGAAACCACGCGGACAUGACUUGAUUCCUGGAAACAACAACUUCUUAACAUCAUCUUUUACUUUGCUAUCUUCUUAAACAUGGAACAAAGGAGAAGUAGAAGGGGCAUGUUUAGAAGGAACCAUUGUGGUGCAGCCUGAGAGUGUGAGUGACAAUGAAUUUAAGGGGCCUGAGUUCCAGAAAAAAAGAAAUAGAGGCACCAAUUCAGAUGUUGUACGAUGUACAAGCUGCAGUGAACAACUUAAUCCGGAUAUCAAAAGAUAUGUCCAUGAACAUCCGUCUCUUAAAGUCCUAAUAUGCAGGAGAUGCUAUAACUUCUACACAAGUGGCUGUUUCACAAAAGAUGAAGAUGAUAUCGAUGAACAGUGCCACUGGUGUGGUGAGGGCGGCAAACUCAUUUGCUGUGACUUUUGCUGCAAGGUUUUUUGUCGGGCAUGUAUCAUUCGUAACCUUGGACGUGAAGAACUAUCAGAGAUAUUAAACGCAGAUGAAGACAGUAAAUGGCAGUGUUACAGCUGUAAUUCAUAUCAGCUUGCUGACCUCCAACAGUUGUGUACUAAAGUUCUAUAUGAGAAAAAGAAGAAUUUAUCUAACAGCAAGAGUGUUAAGUCUUCAGAUAAAUCAGUUUUUUUCAGUGUAAAAAAGCACACUGAUGCAAUCGUUGAUGAACUAAAACUUGUGAAGGUGCAGAAGUUCAAACCACAGCACUCCGUUUUUAGAAGUAUGAAGGCAAAUUGUUUGAAAAAAUUUGUUAAGAACUUAAAGGCUGUUCGAAGUUUGACUGAAUCAUUAGAAAAACAGAUUUCUAUUUUUUUAGAAACAAUGUCGGACAAAAGUGAUGAAGAUUCUGAAUCAGAAACCGAAAGAAAGAAGACUAAGAAAAAGACAAAAAGAAAAUUACAAAACGGAAGUUUAAGUGAUUCCAAUUCUGUAAGGAAAAAAGUACCAAAAUCUCCUAGGAAAUUGAAAACAACUCCUUUGUUUGAUGGAAAAGUUUUGUCAAGUGGUGAUGGAGAUAGUUCUAAUGACUCCUUAUUUGAAUUUGAUGUUAAGAAAAGACAAACAUCAGACAAAAUGAACAAAGAAAAAGAAAUUAAGAAAGAGAAGAUUAACAAGGAUAAAAAAGAUAAGAAGGAUGAAAGUUCUGAUGAUUCAUUAAGUAAGGAUAAAGGAUCAGAUAAAAUGAUUAAAGGAAAAGAACUUAAGAAAGAGGAGAAAAGGGAUGUGGCUGAUAGUUCUGAUGAUUUUGAAGUAGGAUUAGAUGUGGAAAAACAAAAACAAAUAAAGGAAAAUAUAAAAGGUAAGAAUGGUAAAAAUAAGAUGAUGAAGGAUGAGGAAGAGAAUGAAGGUUCGGUUGAGGAGUCUGAAGUUUUAAAUAAAGCAGAGAGUUCUUCAAAUGAGGACAAGUCAACAGCAGCAAAGGCUUCAAAAAAUGCGAAUGAUGAUAUUGGCAGUGAAUCAGACUCAGAGUCGGCAGUAGAAAGAUUCAUAGCGAGACUUGCAAAAAAGAAAAGAAAGGCAAAACGAAAUUCAAGCGAAUCAGAAGAAGUAGUUAAAAAACCACUAAAGAAAGAUAAACAACUUAAAAAUAAAAAAAAGGGACCAAAAUCUGAGAAAAAAUUGGAUGACUCAGAUCUGGAUAUUAGUUCCUCUGAUUUGAGUGAUGGCAUGGAAGAAAGAAGAAGGAAAGCUCUUGACAGAAAAGGAAAACUUAAUGGAGAAAGAAAUAGUGAUGGAUCAGACCAAGAAAUUGUUGCCUUAGGAAAUAGUGCAAUGAUGUCUGCUGAUGGCAAUGAAAGUGAAAUAGAUGUUGAGAAGAUUGCUGAGAAGUUGGUGUUGGAAGAGAUGGAAGCUGAACAGGCCAGGGAUGGAGAGGUCUCAUCAAAUAAUGAUAAGGGAGAUGAAAUGGAUGAUGAAUCAGAGAAAGAAAAAAAAGACAAAAAGAAUGUUGAUAAGUCAAAGGAAAGAGAGAAGAAAGAGGAAAGCAAAGGUAGUUCUGAUAAAGAAGGCGAUGAAUCUGAUUCCAACGAUGACAAGAAAAAGAAAAAGUCUGAUGAGAAUAAUAGCAGUAGCGAUGAUGAUGAUGAUGAACCAGAAAAGGGAAAGAAAGACAAAACUGAGGAAGACAAAAGUAGUUCUGAUGAAGAAGAAUCUGAUUCUGAUGCUAGGAAAAAAAAGAAAAAGAAAAAAUCUCAUCGCCUUAUGCAGGUAAAAUUAAAUGAGAGUAGCAACAGUAGUGAGGAGGAUACUGAGAAUAUGAGAGAAAAACGUGCCAGUAGAAGGGCGAAAAUGAUGGAAAGAAAGAGAAAACGGGAAUCCAGUUCACUAUCAGAGUCAGAUGGAAAUAGAAAGAUUGGGAAAAGAAAGAAACUUCACCUUGAAGAGUCACUAAGUAGUUCUGAUGAAAUUGGCAAGAAAAAGAAUACUAAAAGCAAGAAAUCAAAGGGAAAGAACUCCGAUACUAGUGCCUCGCUGGAGAGUGAAAGCUCUGAUGAAGAAGAGGAGGAGGAUGAACAGACGGUUGAAAAAGACGAUGACGAAGAAGAUGAGGAAGAGGAAGAAGUUAAACCAAAGAAAAGAAAAAAGAGAUCAAAGAAGAGAGAUGACAGCUCCCAGACAUCAGGGAAAGAGGAGACUACUAAGAAAAAGAAGAAGAAAAGACGAAGGAGAAUUAAAAUGGCAUCAGAUUCAUCAAAUAAAGAAAGUGAAGAUGAUGAUGACAGAGAUGAAGAGAAGAGUGAAGAACCAGAUACACCAAGCAAGGGCAAAGGUCGUCGCAACAUCCGCAAGGUUAUGAAGGACAGUAAGCUGAAGGAAGAGACCAAAGCUGCCGCCCAGUUGGAACUGGAGAGACGCAAACGAGUUGCCGAAAAAAGAAAAGAGGUCAUUGAUGAGUCUGAUGAGAAACCAAAGGAGAGUUCAAAGGUCACUUCCUGCACUCUAGAAUAUGAUAAGAAAAAGGAGGAAGUGAUGCUGGAGGUUGAUAAGUCCAUUGCCCAGAAUCUGAAACCUCAUCAAGUUAAAGGCAUUCAGUUUCUGUGGGACUCCACAUUUGAAAGCCUGCAGAAGGUAGAUGAGCCUGGAGGAGGGUGUAUCUUGGCUCACUGCAUGGGUCUCGGUAAGACUCUUCAGGUUAUAGCAUAUAUUCACUCUGUGAUGACAUCGGAGGACGUAGGAACUAAACACUGCCUUGUGGUGGCGCCACUCAACACCAUACUUAACUGGGUGGCAGAAUUUGAAAAGUGGCUGGGUGAAGAUAGUGAAAUUCCAGUGUAUGAAAUGUCAUCUAUCAAGGAUAAUUGGGGAAGAGCUGAUAGUCUACGAUUUUGGCACAACAACGGCGGUGUGAUGGUGAUGGGUUACACAAUGUACCGAAAUCUCUCCACUGGUGCUCGUAUACGCAAAAAAUCGCAGAAGAAAACCUUCUACGAGGCGCUUAUUGACCCAGGCCCAGACAUUGUGGUGUGUGAUGAGGGACACAUGUUGAAGAAUGCACAGACAGCUAUUUCAAAGGCCCUUAACCAAAUCAAGACCCGUAGACGUAUCUGCCUUACCGGAACGCCACUUCAAAAUAACCUCGUAGAAUAUCACUGUAUGGUUGACUUUGUAAAGCCUAGCUUACUCGGAACCAAGAAGGAAUUUUGCAAUCGAUUUGUGAAUCCAAUAACCAAUGGACAGAGCUCAGACGCCAGCAGACAUGAUGUUCGUGUUAUGAAGAGACGUGCGCAUGUCCUCCAUGACAUGCUGUCUGGCUGUGUGCAGCGGAGAGAUUAUUCAGCCCUCACAAACUAUCUACCACCAAAAUACGAGUACGUCAUAUCUGUGAGAUUAUCUAAAAUUCAGAUCGAGUUGUACGAGAAGUACCUCAGUACUUAUGCUCGUGUAGAUGGUGGAGAGAGUCUACAGCGCAAAGGGAUGGGCUUAUUUGCUGAUUACCAAGCCUUGAUGAGGAUAUGGACUCACCCAUGGGUCCUCAGGUUGUCUUCCAUCAGGGAUAUUAAAAGGGCUCGGUAUGAUGACGAAAUGUCCGACUUCAUAACAUCUGGUGAGGAGAUGAUGAGCGACGACAGCCUGGUUGAGUUCAUCGAUGACAAGCCACACGGCAAAAAGAAGAAAGAGUGGAGAGGAAGCGCAAGCAGUGAUAGUGAGGAUGAAUUGAUGUCUAAAGCCAAACAGAAAACCAGUGGUAAAAAAUCAGACGAUGAAAAGUCUGACAGUAGUGUUGAAGUCGUCAACUCUUGGAAAACAAGGAGUCGCACUAGAAACUCAAGACUAGGUGAUGAAGAACCAUUAGAAGAGAUCAUACCUGAUCCUGGUAUUCCAGGGGAUGAUGAGUGGUAUAGUAAUUUGGUGCCGGAAGAGAGUAAAAACAACCUGGAAAUGAGUGGCAAACUCCUGCUGCUAAUGGAAGUGCUCAAACUAGCUGAUAUGGUUGGUGAUAAAGUCCUGGUAUUUAGCCAAAGUUUGUUGUCACUUGAUCUGAUUGAGGACUUCCUGACAUACAUUGAUGAGAAGUCACAAGAAGAUGGAAACCCUCUUAAUGAAAUUGCAGGAACAGGGUCAUGGGUCAAAGGAACAGAUUAUUUCCGAAUGGAUGGUUCAACCCCAGCUCACAUGCGCAAACGAUGGGCUGAAAUAUUCAAUGAUAUUGACGACCUAAGGUCUCGUCUGUUCUUAAUCUCAACUCGUGCUGGCUCUCUCGGAACGAACUUGGUAGCGGCAAACCGAGUGAUUUUAUUUGACGCAUCUUGGAAUCCUAGCCAUGAUAUACAGUCCAUCUUCCGAGUUUACCGUUUUGGCCAAACCAAAGCUGUGUACAUUUACCGUUUUGUGGCACAGGGUACAAUGGAAGAGAAAAUAUAUGAAAGACAGGUUACAAAGCAGUCUUUAUCACAACGUGUCGUUGAUGAACACCAGAUUGAACGACAUUUUUCAGCAAGGGAUUUGUCUGAGCUUUACAAUUUUACUCCAGAUCGCCUCGAUGAUCCCAAUUGUCCUGAGAGACCAACACCAGCACUUCCAAAAGAUUUCAUUCUUGCUGAGUUGCUGAAACAUCAGAAAGACUGGAUAGUCAAAUAUCACGAACACGAUUCCCUUCUGGAGAACAAAAUUGCAGAAGAACUAACAGAGGACGAGAGAAAAGAGGCAUGGGCCGAUUAUGAAGCAGAGAAGGAAGGUCGUGUGUAUGGAAUGCAAAUGCAGCAGAUGCAGCAGAUGCAGCCAGGCAUGUCAGCAAACAACAUGCAAUUUAUGCAACAAUUUGGUCAUUUGUAUCAACAAGGGCGCGAUACACUGAUGACGGGUCAAAGAAUGUUGAACCCAAUGCUGAUGCAACAGUAUUCUCGAUCUGCUCAGCAGAAUAUGUACAACAUGCCGAAUGUGCAGCAACUUACCCAGCAGAAUCUUGCUGUCCAACGUAACAUUUUAGCGAUGCAGCAAGCCAUUGCUGAGCGCAACCGCAUCGCCCAAGCCACUCCCCGCACAGCCCAGCAAGCUCAAAGCCAGUCCGGCAUGAAUAUGAGCGUCCAGGAGAUGUUGAAGAGGAUGAGAACACUUGCCCCUCCUACUGGUGGCCCCACUUUAGUGGACAUCACUGGUGACUCACCCCCUUAUAAUAGUAAAGACCCAUCCUCCAGUAUGUAAAUGAAAACAUUGUCACAUGUAAACUGAAUAUUGUACUUAUAAGAACAAACAAUACGAUACAAUUAAUUUUCCCAAUUAUGGUAAACAAUAUGUUUCUAACCUUUCUUUACUCUUCCAACAUUUUUAUAAUAAUGAAUAAAAGUUAACCAACAGGAAAUAACAUAGGCAUACAUGGCAUACAUAUUACUUACAAAACCCAUUUCUGGUGAAAUAUAUAAAUGGCAGACAUUUUCGUUUUAUUUGAAACAUAAUUUGUAAAACCAUUUCUAGCAAUAUAUUUAACCCCAGUAGUGGGUUAUAUUUGCAAAAUUAGUUGUAAAAACAUAGAUUAGCCCACUUUGUUGAAAUUAGCAAUGUAUAAAACAGCAAAUAAAUAUCAAUGUCAAUGUCCUUGUUGAAAUAUCCCAUAUUUAAGCCCAGCAUGAUGUUUCUUCAAGGGGAUGGAAUUACAGUAUAUGUCUGGAAUGGUUAUAAAGUAGAUGUUUCUUAAAAUAUUUCCUCAAUGGCACGUAAUUUCCUGAUUGCUUGACGUUGCUAGGAAUUCGUACGUACAUCUGAUAAAAUAAUUAUAAGUCGAUAUAUUUAUAAUAUUGUUUGUUAAAAUUAGAUUGUUAUUGGCAGUGAUAAAUGUUAAACAGUGUGUCAUUGCAAAAUGUCAUGGCUUGCAGUCAGGUGGUACUUUAAAAUCAAAAUUAAUUUUAAAUAAAUUCAACAUAAUGUUAUUAAGUGUAGAGUGUAUGUUAUGGUUUGUUAAUAUCGGUCAUUGACUGUCCAUGGUAUUGAGUUUAGAAAUGCAGUUGCAUCCUAUGUGAAAUUCUAUACAGUUGUGUGCUCAUAUUGUCAUAGCUAUAUUGAGACAUAUUAUAAUGCUUUUUGAAAUGUAAAUAUCCUACCUCUUCAUCCUGUGAUUGUCUUUAAUAAGAGGCCUUAUAUGUGUCUUGGUGAUCCCACUCUGAAUACACUCUAUCACAUUGAGGACAGUUGCACAGCAGCCUGCUUGUAAGUGGCCUUAUAUAAAUAUAAAUGAAUAACAUUUAACCUUUAUAUGUCGAGCUGAUCCAACUCUGAAUACACUCACUUUAGGGACAGUUAUACAGCCGCCUGCUUAUAAGCGAUUCAAACAGACAAUAUUCUGUAAUUGCUAUGCUGUAGUUAUUACCAAUCUGAAAUGCUGACAACCCAUUUUUUAAUGUUCUAGUAUUGUAUUAACAUUUUUUAUUAGUCAUUUCAUUAUUUAUAUUAGAAAUAUCAUUGUUGCUAUUUGUUAUUUUCUUGAUUAAUUGUUGUUAUUGUUAUUUUCAUUAAUAUUUAUUUUUUAGUAGUUAUUUUUAUUAUAAUUGUUAUUUUUAUUAUUUUUAUGUACUGUAUUAAUUUUUCUGAAUUAUUUUUUUAACUCCUAGACACCUUGAAAUUGUUUUAGACUGUUUAUACAACAAUUAAGAUAAAAAAUACUUGCAUUUAAGUGUAAGAAGCCUAAUGCAUUCUUAUUAGUUACAUGGUGGAAAUUUAUGUAACAUAAAUGAAUAUGUGAAUGCACAGCGCCUUUAGUUUUUGACUUAAGGUUUUUAUGUUGGUGCUACGUUAAUCUCGAAAUUUUAUUUCUGUUCUGAGCCUAUAAGACAUGUAAUAAUAAUGUUGGCCAACUCAGCGUUGUACGACGACGUAGCCCGACGCGACCUAUGUAAGUAAACGCUGACGCUUCUGGAUAGUUGCAUCGUAGAAUAUUAAACAUGUUUAAUAUUUUAUUCUCAUGAAAAGUUAAAGACUGCUCCCUACGAUAAUCCGCGUUGGAUUGCGUCAUACGACCCUGUCUAUGUUGGCCUUAAUACAUGCAUGUUUUUGUCAAGCUACAAACGUGCAUUAAACCUUUGGAGUUUAUUUAAAGUAAAUUAGUUAGUGCAUAUUGUUAUUUUUAAAGUAAGUAAGUUAUUGCAUCAUCAGAAAACCAUGUUCUAAAGUUCUGUUUUAUAAUAUUUUUGUUUAAAAUAGGUUUUUAGAAGUGAAAACUUGUACAAAUCUCCUCCCUCCAACUCAGAAUGAUCAACAAAUAUUAAUUAGAGAAGUAGACACUAUUUAUUUCUAGGUUUAAUGUUUGUAUGAAAGUAUUUUAUAGACAUUGUUGAUGUCAACUAUAAGGAUAAGUUGUCGCAUAGUACAAGCAAGCAUCAAGCAUAGUACAAGCUGAGGUGUCAUAAAUUAAUACAGUAUAAAAAACUGAAUAAAUAUAGUCGUGAUGACAUCACAUAAUGACCAUAUAUAUAGGCACAUCAUGGCUAUAUAUGGGAAUAUAACAUUUAUUAUGCAUAGUUAAUGAGUUAACAUCACAUCAUGACUAUAUUAUAUAGGCAUAUCAUGAUUCUAUUUGGGAAUAUAACAGUUAGUAUGCAUAGUUAAUGAGUUUAGCCCCUGAAACGCCAGUUAAACAAUUUAAAGCAUGCUGAUUAACAAAAUUAAAAAGUAAGCGAUUGUUUUCAAGUGACAUUAGUCGAUUAUUUUCUAUUUGUAAAUAGAAAAAAAAAAAACUAUUAAAGAUGCAGUUUGGAGCCCCCACAGAUAAAAGGAAGUUGUGUGGACAUAGUAAGCCUAAUAGCUUCUAAAAACAAAGGAAAUUGCGAUGGGGUGUAGAAUUCAUUGGAGUGACACCACAGGAAGAAUAUAAUAACAGCAUUGACCUGGAGAAAAUGUAAUGGUAAUAUUGUUUUCUGUGAGAUUUUCAAUUACAGUCUGCAUCACAAUGUCUUUCACACACACACACACACACACCCACCCACACACACACACACACAUCCGUUGGUCUGACAUGACCAAACAAAACAAACAACCAUGUUUUGUGAGGAAGAAACUACGAAGUUAUUGUAUUUGAGUUUGAAAUAUUUACAAAUUGUUCAGAAAAAUGCUUCCAUAUGUAAUGUGACGUCAUAGUUUGUUUCUAUACUGUUUGUAGAGUUUAAAGUUAACCGAUAGGAUAUCAGGUGAAGAUGUUUAUUCAACAAUCUUUAGCCUUUUGUGCAAAAUAUAUAUCGACUUAUUUCAAUAUAUGUGCUUUGUAGUUGACAAUUUGUGUAAAUACGUAUCCUAUUCGCAAUAAGUUUAUGGAUGAUAGAUAAGGAUGUACGUCUAUUUAAACGCCAAAUAGUGAGUUGCUUUUACCAUGAGAUGUAAGGUUAAUUUGAUGUAGAAUUUGAUGGGUGUAAACUCUCAAAAUUCCACAGUUUAUAUGUUUGAGACUUUCAUAUACUUGGAUGAACUUUCCGAACAUCCAAUUUUGAAGGUGCAAAUCUUGUGGAACUUCCAGGGUUGGAUGGUUAAACGCUGCCAAACUUCCAGGCUUGGAUAUUUCCAAAGUUCGUGAACUUCCAAACUUGGAUCGUUCCACACUGUCAAACUUCAAAUUUGGAUUGUUCUAAUUGUGUUCAAAACUUUCAGGCUUAAAUUUUGGUGCUAGUAUUAUUAUUUUAUCAACAUCUUGGGGUAUUGUAGCAUUUCACAAUACGGUUGGAGGAGUAUUAUAGAAUUUUAACCUCUUUAGUUGUAUUUUACCAUGUUGAAGGUCUAGACAAUUAUGUAAUGGUCUGGUAAGACAGCAUUAUGAAUUUUGAGUUCGUAUUUAAAGUGUACUGUAGUUGUUUGUAAAUGCUCUAUCAUCAUUAUUCUUCUAUGUGAUCUUAUAGGCUGUGUUUUGCUACAAAGCUUUAGAAAUUACCCCUUAAAAUCUAUCUAUUGUGGAAGAGUGGGUUUAUUGGAAAUAUUUAUAUUCGUUUCAAGGAUUUGAUAAGGCUACAUCUUGUUUAUAUGUUGCGACUGAUGAGUGUUGUAAAGUCAAUUUGGGAAAAUCUGAGCCAUUUGUGUGCGAGUGUGUCACCGAUGGACCUUUCCACUAAGCCCCGCCCCUUCGAUAUUGUUGCUAAGGUCCUACAAAUCGACACGUGCGUGUUCUUGUUAGACGCGCAUAUUCCUGACCCUUUUCUGAUUGGUCAGUUUGAUUGACCCUCUGGAAAGGUCCACUAGACUAGACUUUGCAUGUAUGACAACAGUGUCUUUUUUUUCUAUCGUUCCUUUAUUUAAACCUAUUUUUAUUGUGUAUGUAGUGUUCGCCUAUAGCAGUAUUCUGCAACAUUUAUUAAAGUUCGUAUGCUUAACUUG